AUGCAAUGUGAAAACAUUGAAAGUGGCGCUAAAAUUACUCUGCCGCUACAGGAAAACAAAGAAAAAUCAACACAGGUGAAAUUGCAAGAACUUGUAAACGGGCAGCUAAAUAUUGCAAAUAAUGGUGUAAAGAAUAUAAUAGUUGAAAAUGUUGUGCAAGGUGCAGCGGAAGAGCAAAAAAAUCCAAUGGCAGCAAAAAACGAUACACAACCACUAAUAACUGGAAGUUCAAAAAAGAAAGAAAAGGACCGUGAGCGUGACCGCGAAAAAGAUAAAGAACGUAAUCGGGAUCGUGAUCGAGAUAGAGAACGGGACAGGGAUCGUGAUAAGGCCCGAGACCGUAACAAGGACAAAAUACGUGAUAAAGAUAGAGAUCGGGAACGAGAACGAAAUCGGGAUAAAAACUCUACCAAAGAACGUUCCAGCAAGGAGCACAGUUCGCAUUCGAGAUCUCAUAAUUCCUCCGGUAGUAACAGUGAUAAAAUUAAAGAAGGCAGCAAUAAGCUUGAGAAGCCUAAGCCUACAACAUCCUCCAGUGUAUCAUCUAAACGUGAAAAAGAGAAAGAUAAGUCACUCUCAGCAACAUCUUCGGCAAGUUCCUUGAAUGAGCAUAGGCGGCGUAGUUCAGAUAGUAGUCGCGGCAGUCAUACCAGUUGCACAAAAUCGAAUGGUCGAACAAAUAGCAUCGUGAGUGGAAAAGAAAUUAGUCUUACAUCCCAAGAAAAGUUGUCACCUACAAAAAUCGAAGCAGAGAAAAACAAUUCAAUGCAAAUUGAAACAGAGAAAAUUACUCCUCCAAUCGGGAAUACAGUCAAAAUGGAAAUGAAACAACCUGAAAAUAAACAAACGGAAGUGCUCCCACAUAACAUGAAAAUGGAUAAUGAACCUAAUCCAUCAAAAACAACUGAUGUAAUACCUAAUAAUAUAAAAACCGAAAAAGAUGUGGAAGCAAUGGACGAUAAAAAGGCAUCUUCCGAGUUCGUUGCUACGAGUGAUGUUGUGGCUAUACAUAAAUUACCUAACGGUAUCGGCGAGAUAAAUCCCAAUACCAUUAAAACUGAAAAAUCAAUAUCACCUUUAAAAACUGAUAUAACUGUGAUAGAAAAAGUCAAAACCGAAUACAAUGGGAAUGCAAUGAGUGGGGCCGACGGUGACAUCGUUUAUAGUUCUGUAGUAAAAACUCGUGACGAUGUUUCACGUCAGCUGAAUUUUAGCAGUGAACCGGUUAUGAGUGCUGCAGCAAAAGAGUCUAAAGCAGAAAAAACUAAUGAUAGUAGCUUGAUCUCACAUUCGUUAAAAACCACUCCGAUAUCAAAACCAUCUGGUAGCAGUGUACAUUCAUCGUCUAUAAAUUCAAAUAGUUCGAGUGCACGGAAAUCCUCCUCAUCAAGUAGUAGUUACCAUCGCAAAAAUUCAACAUCAUCAACAACCUCAACUACGAAGCAUUCAUCUUCGUCCACUUCAGCUUCGGCGUCUACAUCGACAUCGUCAUCUUCGCGCAGCCGCGAUUGUUCUAAAUGCUACAAACGUUCAAAGAUACGCCGUGCCAGUAUUGGAACACAAUUUCAGCAGAGUGAACCAUUCUCUAUAAGUACUCCACGAAGGCGGCUUGAACGUCCACCUCAAGGAUUGGAACAUUUGAAAUAUGGACGAUUAUUUGAAGUGGAAGUGCAUCCAAAUGGUGGCGCCUCCGUGGUACAUUUGUAUCAGGACGAAUUGAACCAAUUAACGCCGGAACAAAUGGAAGAGUUGGUCGAGGAGUUUUUCGAUGUUUGCUUUGCAGAAGAUGAUCAGGGAUAUGCCUUGCAUGUUAUGGGAAUCGUGCACGAUGCUGCACGUUAUCUGCCCGAUCUAUUGGAACACAUGGCAGAGAAUUACUCAACGUUGACGGUGAAAGCUGGUGUUCUGGGGAGAAAUUCCGAUAUUGAAACCUGUACAAUGUCGCAAUACAAUGAGCAGGUGGUGCGAAAUUAUUCUCAAGGAACGUUUCGUUAUGGACCAUUGCAUCAAAUAAGUUUAGUCGGUAAGGUGCACGAGGAAGUGGGUGGAUAUUUUCCCGACUUAUUGGGCCGCAUAGAGUCGAAUCCAUUUCUUAAGAAGACCAUGCCUUGGGGAUCGUAUUCUAUUUUGCAAACUGAUCCUCGUCUUUCUAAUGAUGGACCUAUAUUGUGGGUGCGCGCGGGAGAGCAAUUAGUGCCUACAGCUGAACUGAAUAGUAAAACGCCAAUGAAGCGCCAACGUACACGUAUAAAUGAGCUACGCAAUCUGCAGUAUCUUCCACGUUUGUCGGAAGCACGGGAGACCAUGAUUGAAGAUCGCACCAAAGCGCAUGCAGAUCAUGUUGGACAUGGUCACGAACGAAAUACCACUGCUGCUGUGGGCAUACUAAAAGCGGUACAUUGUGGCCAACCAUAUAAUAACAAUCGUAUCACUAAAGACGUAGUGGCGUUUGCUGCUCAAGACUUUAACUACUUGGUAGAGAUGUUACAGCUCGAUUUGCAUGAACCCCCAAUAUCGCAAUGUGUGCAGUGGAUUGAGGAUGCAAAGCUAAAUCAAUUGCGCCGCGAGGGAAUUCGUUACUCUCGCAUACAGCUAUGUGAUAAUGACAUAUACUUUUUGCCGAGAAAUAUUAUACACCAAUUUCGGACGGUUACAGCAGUUACCAGUAUUGCUUGGCACUUACGUUUGCGUCAGUAUUAUCCAGGUCAGGAGGUAAUCAAUGAAAAGAAUAAUCCAGUGUUGGCAGAGCCACCCCACUAUAAAGAGAAGCAGACGCUGCUGCCUCAUCCCAUAUCACAAGAUGAGCAUCAUGGCGGCAAGCGCACACCAUGUAAACGUUCUCAUGAUGGUAAAGCAAAGAAGACAAAACUAACUGACAUCGACGGCAAAGAACGACGUUCCAGCGAAAGUGGCACGGAGGACUCAAACUCGAAGGAUGGCUCUGAAUGUGGGUCUACCACAAGCCGUAAACGGAAAGCCGUGCGAGACGAUGCCAGAAUCGAUAUGCGCAAAAUGGUGUUGGAACAUAAGUUACACAAGUCAAUGGCGGCAAGCAAUGAAGAAGAAAAUGUGCCCACCACCACGAAGAUCGACAGCAGCGGCGCGAGCAAUACUAGCGCCACUGCUACGGAUGCUUCGACUGCUGAGAAGCACGUGAAAAAGCGUAAAGAGUCCAAGGAUAAUACGGAUAACACAGAGGCUAUGAAACAGGAAAGACGAAGCAGCACGAACAACAUCAGCAGUUCUUUGACGCAUAAAUUUAAUUCUAAUGGCGACAUACCAAAUGAUACACAACCUAAAAAUACAUUCUUAAACACAGUUGCAAAAUCACAAACACCAACAAGUACACCAAGUGCACAAAAUGUGAAAAAAUCAAACAGCGAAAUACUAAAGGUAAUGUCACCUCAAACGCCAACAAUUUUAACGGCAGCAACGGUUGCGUCCACGUCACCCGCUACACAAAAGAUACCCAAACUGCCGGAGCCGACAGUGCCUGCAACACCCUUGCCACUUGUGCCUCAAACGCCCUUUACACAUCGUGAGGCUUACGUUAAUAGCCUGAAUCAAAAGCAACCCGAGAUCAAAAUUCAAGUACAAAUAAUAUCCGAUGAGCCUUCUGCUCUCUCCUCAUCCUCCACUGCUUCUGCUAUCACCAACAACCCCAACGCCAAGACAGCAAAAUCAACCGUUCAACCACAAUCAUCAUCACCGCUGCCGCCACAAAUGCCUCAGUCGGUGCAAACACUGCCGACCAACGUACCACGCCCCACAAACUAUGCGACCGAGACCUUGUUUAACGCAGGCGUAACAACAGUGACACCAAGCACACUACCUGCUCAAACCGUGGAUCACGUGAACAUACUCUCAGUUAUAACUGAGCCGGGAACAAUUUGUCCACCGCAACUGGUGAUCGAUCAUGAAGAAGAGGUUACAGUCUCCGAAGAAGUCAGAGAAGAUGCACCACCACCCACACCAGUAGCAGCAGCAGCAGCAACGGCGUUACCGAUCGUGACAACAAAAGCGGGUGCGACCUUCCCACCAUUGCCGCCUGAAAUAGCGCCAGCUUUACCACCGCCGCCACCAAUAGUGCAACUGGAAAACAAAACAAUACUGUUAGCUACACCGCUGGCAAGUGCCAGCAACCAUCAAACGGCGCGAACCGUAUUAAUAGUGCCGCAGGCGUCACUUAAAGCAAAGAGCAAUAACAGUAGCGUCAACAUAAGAGUGGCAUCAACGAGCGCUACAGAGCAACAACAAGUUGAACGGAAGACACACCACAAAAUCAUUAAGGUUGGUGCGAUAAGCAAACCGCCGAACGCCGCCCCAGCCGAUCUGGUCAGCUCAAUCAUGGCCAGUAUGGAUAACAGUAAUGCGGCAGCCACAUCGGCAACAAACACACACAACUACUCAUCAUCGUUACACUAA